AGGGAGCGGCGCGGAGCGAUCCGGGCGGUGAGGCGGUUUAUGAGGCGCCGCUGGCGGGCGGGCAGGACUCAGUGUGAGGCGAGCCGUGCAGCGGGAAGGUCGCGCAGCGUGCGCCCCGUGCAGCCCUCAGCUCCCACCGCACCCCGCAGCCAGGCCGAGCCACCAUGGCUGAUCAACUGACAGAAGAGCAGAUUGCAGAAUUCAAAGAAGCUUUUUCACUAUUUGACAAGGAUGGUGAUGGUACUAUAACUACAAAGGAGUUGGGGACAGUGAUGAGAUCACUUGGUCAAAACCCCACAGAAGCAGAGCUACAGGAUAUGAUCAAUGAAGUAGAUGCUGAUGGCAAUGGCACAAUUGACUUUCCAGAGUUUCUGACAAUGAUGGCAAGAAAAAUGAAAGAUACAGAUAGUGAAGAAGAAAUUAGAGAAGCGUUCCGUGUCUUUGACAAGGAUGGUAACGGUUACAUUAGUGCUGCAGAACUCCGCCAUGUGAUGACAAAUCUGGGGGAGAAGCUAACAGAUGAAGAAGUUGAUGAAAUGAUUAGGGAAGCAGACAUUGAUGGUGAUGGUCAAGUAAACUAUGAAGAGUUUGUACAAAUGAUGACAGCGAAGUGAAGACGUUGUACAGAAUGUGUUAAAUUUCUUGUACAAAAUUGUUUAUUUGCCUUUUCUCUGUUUGUAACUUAUCUGUAAAAGGUUUUUCCCUUACUGUCAAAAGAUUAUGCAUGUAUAGUAAUUAGAAGGCCAUUCCUCCAUGUUUUUCUCCUUUAUCUUACUGUCAUUGUUCUGAUUUUUGGAAAAUUGAUCUAAGUAACAAAUGUUGCAUGUGGCUUACUCUGGAUAUUUAAGCCCUUCUGCACAUCUAAAGUUAGGUGAAGUUGGUUAACUGAGGGAACAUCUGGAUUGUCUAUUAAAAAAGUAGCUUUCUCUAGGAAACUUAGGUAUGACUAGUGUGACAAGUUACAUAAAGUAAGCCAGGGUUUACCAUGCAUUAGCUGAUCCUUAGUUCAAGCAACAUGCUGGUUCUAGUUCUCGAGUACAUAGGAGUUUUUCCUAUAGGAGUUUUUACCCCUUUCUGUGAUGGGAGGAAGAGGACUCCUGCAGCUUACCUGCAGGAUAAAAUGAUGUGAAUAGCAUAUAUCGUGUGGCUAAUGCACUGUAAAAGUCAUUCUCCUAGCUUACUUCACGGUAACUUGUUUGUGGCCAUACCUGUAACAUGUUGUUGAAAUGUGGAGUCUUAACGUUGUAGACGAUUGACAGUCAACAAUAUGAAACUUAAGUUGCACUAAUGCAAAACGGGUGAUUUAUCCAGGUACUCGUACACAAGUUUUUUUGUACUGCUGGUCCUGUGCCAGAAAACAUUUUCUCCUCUUGUUACUAUGCUUUUUAAACUUUGUUUAGCCACUUAUUUUCAAAAAAAUCUGCUUAUGGCACGAUUUGCCUCAAAUCCAUUCCAAGUUGUAUAUUUGUUUUCCAAUAAAAAAUUACAAUUUACCCAUA